CCGCCGCUAGGCUCCGAUCUCACCAAAUAUGCACAUGGUCCGAUCUUCUGCACCUGCACACCUCUGGAAAUAUCUACCGAAGAUGUUAUCGACGAGAUUCGAAUCAGGCUUACGCACCGACUGCGCAUGGACUACGCGGUUGCGAUGGCGGUCACAGGAUCCGAGUGUGGGCCUCGCAUCCCAGUUCAGGUAUUGAAUACGAUCACUUCGGGUCAGAUCUUUGCGCGAUUUGAUUAUUGUAGUUUCGCAAUGUGUCUUCUCUGUCUUCGGCACCUGGCCAAGCCCUAAUUCUUCUUGAUCCUCGCAUUUACUCUGCAUACUCGGCACCAACAUGCUGUACGUCACGAUCAUUAAUUUCCAGAUGUUUGAUAACUUCCCCCGCAGUGGGCAAGCUGAGCUCGCUGCAGGCGGUCCCUGGGGUCGGUCCUCGUGUUGCAGAGCCCAGAAUCGUUUUGAAAUACCCAUAGACUUCAAUAUCGAGACCGAUGUUUUUUUCUACAUCAUGCAGGGCAAAGUUCGCGCUCCGCUGUUGUGCCUGAAUGUUAUCGAAAAGGAAUUGUUAGAGAAACAUAAAUCUCGUACAUGCUUCCUCAUGCAUGCGGC